CAACGAUUAAAAAAAAUUGAGCCAAAGUUUUUUUUGAAAACCUUUUUUUUUGUUUCGAUCAUCUUUAGGAUUUUAGAUCUUUUUUUUCCAAAUAUUCAAAUCCAUCAACCAAUAUGGUGAUUACAAAGAUGAUGAUGGAUACAAGUUCUACAGUUACGUCAACAUCAUUCAAAAUUAAAGAUCUAUUACUUCGUGCUUGGCGUGAACGAUGGACCGAAAUUGAAUGGGGUCGUGAAAUUAAACGUUUAUUACGUGGAGUUUCGGGCGAUGUUUAUGAUUUAGCUGAUUGUAUGCUACGACAAGCAAUCAAUGGCCCAGUAACGAACAGUUUAUUGAUGCUAUACCUAAAUCAUUGUCUCGAUUCACAGAUCAUAUCGUUUGGUGCAUGUAUUAUGGCCAUUACGAAAAUUCCCGAUCUCAAACCACAAUGUAUGAAUUCAUUAUUAGAUUUUCUUAUUCGAUAUAAAAAUCGUACCAAUUGUUAUGGAAAUGAUGAUGAAUGUAUUGCUCUUUGUCGGUCUUUGGUCACAUUUGUUCAUUGGUUACAUUCGAUUAUGUUAAGUUCAUUGAAUGAAUUAAAUCAUGAAUUUGGACAAAAUAUCGACACAUCAUAUAAUAUGACAAUCGAAAGUAUUCAUUGGCAAAUUAUUGAUAAAUCAUGUCAAAUGCUUCGAUUUAUUAUUGAUUCAUCCUAUUUAAAAGCAUUACUUUAUAUAGGACGAAUUGAAGAACAAACAAUUUGGAAACAAUGUAUACAAUUGCAUAAUGAAUUGAUUACGAAAUUACAACAAUCAUCUGCAUUGAUGAAUGGACAGCCAUCGAUGGAAUCACUUUUUGAUACUCUUCAAGCAUUUCAAAACAAAAUCGAAUGGCUACGUGGUAUUUCACCCGAAACGAAUAUGAAAAAAUCUCAACAAAUUCAACCAUUAGAUACUGAUCUAUCAAAUUCAAUUAUACCGGUUGUCUAUCACAUGAUGACAACUAAACCAGAAUUUGGUUACAUACCAUAUCGGCCAUUAUCGUAUCAUUCAAUUCGUAUUGUCGUUUCAUUUUAUGCUAUAUUAGAUCCAUCAUAUUCAAAUGAAAUAAUAGCAAAUUAUUUGGCCAUUAUUGCUCGAUCAUUUGAUCUAUCAUUAUCGAAACUUUAUUGUGAAAUAUUACAUACAUGUUUGGUUGGCCUAAUCGAUACGCAUAAUCUUGCUAAUGAAGAUCGUAAAAAUAUUAACUAUCAUGCUUGGAUUGCAUUCUUAUUGUUUAAAAUACCACAAAUAUUUUUACAAUUAUCACAACAUCGUAUCAAAUUACGUAAAGAAAUUAAUCAAUUGGAUGAUCAAUCAAUAGAUCAUUCUAAUCGAACAGAACUUGAAUCCGGUAUCGAUAUGUUAAUGGAUUUAGGUCCAUGUAUUGAUCAAUUUUUGCUUAGAUAUAAAACUGAACAUUUGCAGAAAUUAUUCGAUUCAUUCAAAGAACCUCAAAUGAAUUUACUUUCCGUUACAUCGGUUGAUCGUUUUAUUCGUGAAAUUAAUCGUCGAAUGUCAUUAUCAACAUUAAAUGAUUCAAUUCAAAGUAAUUUAUCGAAUAAUGAUGAUCAACAACAACAACAAACAGAUGGCCAACAACCAACAUCAUCAUCAUCUUUGGAUGCUUUAUCAUCGAAUAUUCUUAUAUUCCGUGCUGAACAUACAGUUACUUCGAUAUUAGCGCCAUUGUAUAUGGAAAAUUGUAAAACUGAAGAAGUAGCCGGCAUUAUUUGUCGCAUGCAACAUUCAUUCGAUGUUAUUUUAUGUGCAGCCGCUUCAAGUGGCCUUUUACCUAAAUUCGCUCAACGAUUAAUGGAAUUAAAUCGUUCGAAUAUUGUAUCACGUGGUGAAAAUGUACGAUCAUCACAGAUACGUGCUGUCAUAUUUGAUAUAACAUUCAUAUCAUUAUGUUCAUUAAUCGAACGAUAUCGUUCAGAUGUUCUUGAAGCCAAUUCUGUCAAUCAAUCGGAUCAAUCAUUUUUUACGAAUUGGUGUCGUUGGAAUAUACCAUCAACAAAUGCCUGUCAUUCACCUAAUGUCAUAUUAAGUUCUUAUAAGGAUUCAAGUAAAUAUGAUCAUCUCUUACCACAAUUAAUCAUUGCAAAUGAUACGGUUGAAUUUCGAACAUCAUUAAUAAGCUGGGAUGAAAUGUGUAUUGCCGCACAAUUUGCAACGUCCGAAAUAUUGAAUGCAUGGAUACAUGAUCAAAUCACUGAAGAUAAUGUUCGUCUUUUUCUUGAACGUCUUAAAUCACGUCUAUGUUCAUUAGCUUUAUCGGCUGCUUGUUGGUUAUUUGCAAAACUUGAAACUAUAUCGGCCGAACAUCAAUCCAAAGUAAUGAUGAUGUUACAAGAAUUACAGACACCAUCAUCAUCGAUGAUAAAUUCAACUACAGAAUCAUUUUCCAAUGAUGCUAAUGAAUCAAAUCUAGCAUUUGGUUAUAAACAAAGAUUUAUGUUAAUGUCGACUACAUUAAAACGUUUAUUGGCUAAAUAUGUACCUCAUACAAAAUUAUCUAUACUGAAUGAUUCUCCAUUGAAAACAUGUUCCACAUUACCAAUACGAUUAUCAAGAUCUCCUUUGAAUACAAUUCUUGAUCAAUGUCUUCAUAUGACUCGAAAACAUUUUACAUUGAAAUUAAUAUAUGAUUUUGAUGGCCUUUAUUCAUUAGGUGGCCCUAAAUGGUUUGUCACACAAGUAUUCAGAUAUUUAUUUAAUUUUUGUGAUAAAACAUCUGUCGUCUGUCUUCAAGAUAGUGUUGAUUUAGCAUAUGGUCUAUUUCAUAUUGAUCUUGAACAAUGUGCAUUGAUAUUACUUCGUCAUACAUUACCGAAAUUUUUGUUAUCAAAAUCAAAUGAAUUACAUCUAACGGAACCAAGAAUCACUGCUUUGAUUCGAUUAACAGUCAUAACUACCUAUUCAGCAUUAGAACAAUUGACUAAAUUUUCACAAUUGAAUAUGAAAAAAUGUACAGGACAUCGAUAUAAUUAUCAGGAAAUCCAUGAACUUUAUCCGAAUGAAUCAUUAGAAUUGAAUGAUAAUCUAUUAGAAAAUACAGCUUUCUAUUAUAAACGUCGAGAACAUCAAUCGAAUGGUAGUCAAAAUAAUAAUGUAACCAAUGGCAAUGACAAUCCAAUGGAUGUUGAUGAUAAUCCAAUUGAUGAAAAUUCUUGGCCAUUUUCAAUAGAUUCGAAUUCAUUGGAUUAUCAAUGGAUACUAAAAGAACCAUUAUAUAUUGAAUUGGUACAAUUAUUUCAAUUUAUCAUGGAACAAUCAUUCGAAUAUGAAUUUAGUCCAUGGCUUUUGGUACCGAUUUCAUUAAUGGAACAAAUCCUAUUGAAUCUUCGUGAAGAUGCACCAAAAUUUUUACAAUUUAUAUCAUUCAAUCUACUUGAAGCUAUGAUACAUUCAAGUCAUUGUCAAUCACUAUGUAUUGAACAAUUAUUAUCCUAUCUAGUAUUGGAUACAUCACGUUCAAGAAAAAUUGGUGCAAAAUUAAUCUGUCAAUUAGAAUUGGUUCGACAAUAUGUUCAUCGACAACGAAAUAGUCAUACUGUACAGCAACGAUUAAUGAUGAUGACAAUAAAACAAACAAAAAAAGCAAUCAACAAUAUCAAUAAUAUUAAUCAUCAUCAUUGAUUAAUGGAUAACCUCGAUUUUUUUUAAAAUAUUUGUUAUACAAAUCUAUUAUGUUGCUCAGCGGAAAUGUUUCAAUCAAAUUCCAAACAAUCAGAUUAUAAAAUUUAA